AUGCAACUGGCUCGCAUUGAGCCCGGUUAUGACCAACCCGCCGGUCACAGUGAAGAAAAUCUUAAAAAUAUUUCCCAUUUUAACCACUAUGCUAGGACUCUAAAAAUUUUGUGCAACUUGCCGCGCUUGUCUCGAUGCCCAUUGUCAAUGUGGCAGCUUUUGGCAGGUCUCCAGUCUUCAGACUUUGGUCUCCGAGAGUCUUCGGUCUCCGGUCUCUGGUCUCUGGUCCCUGGUCAUUCACAUUAUCGUUGCAUGCGCCGAGAGGUAACCCCGCCGCAUGGGUGUGUUCGUUCAUCUUUAUUUCUUGUGCGUGCAAAAAUUCAACAAUUGCAGAAAUUGAAACUUUUGCCUCUUGCCGUUGUUGCCACACACAGAAACAUUGAAAGAAAACUUUCAGACAUGAAAAUCGUAAAAACGAAAUAAAAUAAAAUAAAAUGUGCACACGUUUGCCUGUUUCUGUUUUCCAGUUUUCUGCUUUUCAGUUUUGCUGUGUUUUUUUUCUGUUUUUUUCUGUUUGUGUUUGAGUUGGAGUUUGUGCCCUGCAGACAGACGCUUAAUAUGCCAAUGCACUUUUCCCGAGGAACGGAGUGCCCUUUCACCUCUGUCCCUCUCUUUCUGGGUUCUGGGUUCUGGCUCACAUUUGUGUUUAUUUAAUCUUUCACCGGGCAAAAUUGAUAUGCCCAAGUAAUAAACAAACAUCGCUGAAAAAAAGAACUAAAACAAAUUGAAAUUUAUGUUUCAAUAUUUGUUUAAUGUCUCAAGAAGCGGUUGCUCUGUGUGGCAAGUGGUAGAGGCAAGUGGCUGUUUUCAGCUGCUCUACAACUCAAAAACUAAAAUCGAUUAAAUUUUAAAGGGUGCUAAGUGCUGGCUUUUAGCAGAUUUAUUCUGCUGCCAUUUGCCAUCUGAUAAACCAAAACUAUAACUUUAUGUAAUGGACUUUGGCUGUAAUUUAAGUGAUUUUUCAAUUUAUCAAGAUCGUUAUGUUGCAUCUUUUGUUAAGUCAAUUUCAUUUUCAAAUCGGUUUUCUAUUUAAUUUAUUUCUACAACUUACAUCCUUGCUAUUCCCAAAACAAAAGGUUUUGUCCUCUUAUUAAUUUAUAUUGCAUUUUGAUAUAAAUUGAUUUUUAGUCUUAUAACCUGUUGCUUGUCAAGUAACUUGAUGUUCUUUCGAUUGCCAUUCUCUUUCUCAGCUCAUACCUCAGCUUAAUAAUUAAUUUCUUGUAUUUUCCUUAUGGCUCUUGACUUUUCAAACAUUAUUCGUGUGCUUUUUCCAUUUGGAACGCUCUCUCUAUCUUUUCCAUCAUUAAUUUCGAGUUUAUUCUUUGGCUAUGCUGGCACACAUCAAGCAUACGCCGUGUGCUGCAUUAUGCUGACUCAUUCAGAGAGCUGCUCUUUCACUGGCUCUCUGUUGCCUUGCCACAUUUUAUUUGGUUUUACUUGGUUGCCCUUUUGUUUACUUGUUUAUUUAUUCUUUAUAUUUUUG